AAAGCCACGAAAUGGUAUACUUGGAGAUUGACCCACUUUCACUUUGUAAUAAUAAUACAAGUACAUCUGUCAGUGGAGUGCCCCUCAACGCACUUCAAAUUGAGAAGUUACACCGAGCACUCAAAUCUAGAUUCCCUACCCACAUUGGGCAAUGUGCAAUGUCUAUUAAGGAAAUUAAACAAGCAUGUCAGGAAAUAUUGCUAAAAGAACUUGAUGAACAAUGUAAGGAACUUUGCUUAAGAAAAAACCCUUCUGUGUUACGAAAUAAUGGUUUUGAUGACAUAGUUAAAUUCGAUUGGCUGAAUAUUGUAUACGAACUGCAGAAGAGAUGUCCAUUUCUUUUGAGUGUUUUAAAUACUGUCACAGCAAAAAAGAAAACACAGUCAGAGCUCGCACCUUGUAUUGGUAUGGCAUAUGCUAUAUUGAUGAUACAACGCAAUCAUGAGUUAAGUCUUGUUCAAAGGAUCAAUACCUUGAUCAUGGCAGAAGGAAAUGCAAAAAAACAGUUAUAUACCAGAUGCCAAAAGGUUGGAUUUGCAUUAUCACAUCAAAGCAAAGUCAAUUUGCUAGAUGAAAUUGGAGGUCAUUUUGCAGAUGAAGCAAUCACAAUGGUAAAGAAUGGUUGCAAGAUGCAAGGGACAGGUGACAACUGGGAUUUUCGAAUAUUAUGUCAUGAUAUGAGAAAGGAUCAUCAGAACAAAGAUAUGCAUUAUUUUGCAUCAAAUCUUCUUUUUGAACGAGUUCCUAUACCAGACAAUUUGUCCUUAUCUCCUAAACAUGAUAUUAAAACUUUGGAAAACAGUUCAUUUUUAUUAAGUGUUGCUGAAAGCAAAAAAUUAUUGGAAGAUUAUAAAGUUAUUAUAAGCAGGAUAUUGGUUCAAUAUCUGCCAGCUUUUGGUGCUUUCAAGACGAUUGUUCCAACCCAUAUUGACCAUGUAUACCAGGAUGAGAUGUCAAAACAAUCCGUAAUUGUUCCAUUACCUAUACAAAUGAAAGAUGAAAAGAGCUAUGCUGACACUGUUGACAUCCUAAGUUCAUAUGAAGAUGCAAUUGAAGAUAUUUAUUCCAGAGCUGGUGUGAUUCAGAAGCCCAAAAAGGACAAUCAGAUAAUUCUCCUGAAAACGGCAUUUCAUCUGGGCAUUCACGACCAGAGCAACCUGGAGCUCAUGUUACAAAGGAGGACAACACAGAUCAUAUGCAAGGCAUAUCAGUUCCAUUUGGUGGUGACCAAUUAA